UCAAUCUUUUUGCCAAUCAGUCUUAAACAAAGUAUCUCUUUGAGUUAGCGUAAUGUUGCGAAUUCUUGCAUUUAAGUCCGGAAAAAACUUUUUAAACAUAAAUUACCCAUAUCAAUUUUUUGGUUUUUACGGUUUAUUUUAUUAACAUUUUAGAAUGCCCAGCUAAUAGGUGGGGAAAAGGCUGCCUCAAGGAAUGUGAAUGUCCAAAUAAUAGUUCAUGUGAUCCAGAAACAGGAGAAUGCUUAUGUUUGCAAGAAGAGCUUGAAUCGAAUUGCUUCAGACUUUCAGUUUGCUCUGAUGGAGUUGAUGGAGUUUGUAAUUUUCAAUAUAAUUGUCCAAACGACGAGGCAUGUAAUAAUACGAAUCCGAACAGCUCAUGUGUAUGCUUAAUAAAUGGAAAUGGAACCAAAGGCACAACUAAUACUUUAAACUUAAAUGAUGGAAACGAGACACAUUUCCCCAUCAUGGUGGUUGCAGCAAUUUUGAUUGCAAUUUUUAUAUUGUGGUCUGUGGUAAUGAUAAUUGGCAUUACUAAUUCAAAGCCAAUUAGAAAUCCAGAUAUUGAAUUUGAUGCAAGCAGCACUGCAACUGUCAUUGAAAAUCAAGCAUUGCCAGAUUUCUUAAGUGAUGAAAGCUGCACUGCAACUAGAAAUGAAAAACAAGUAUUACCUGUAUUCUCAGGGCAACAAUUUGAGAAUCCCAUCUAUGAGGAAUGUGAAGUGCACGCGAUUCCUUCUUCAAAAUCAGCAGCUUUUUUGACUCCGAAUAGAUUAUCUAUGAAAAGUCCCGAAUCUGCUAUUCAACAAAACUGUGCAUCGAAAAAUGAAAAGAAAUUUUCAAAUGAGGAAGAUUUUUUCUCGUUUAAGGGGAGGACAGCCAAAAAGGAAUUUUCGGCAAAUGCUGUUGCUUCGUACUCUUCAUCAAGAGAUAACCAAGAAACAACUGAUGAGAAAAGCGAUAAAGUUUCAUUAUACAGAAUUUCCAUUUAUGAAGAUGCUAGAAAUCUUGAAGAACAUCAUUAUGAAAAUUAAAAUAGAAUUUAAUACAAAAUAAAAUAAAAAACAAACAAAAUGUAAUUAAAAAGGUUUCAUUAGCAUAUUUUAAUUAGUUCUUCUUAAUUAAAAUAUGAUAACGAAAUCUAUUUCAUUAGGUUUCUUUGUUUUUACACAUUUUAAGUGCAAGUUGCGUCAGUUUUCGUCCUUUACAACUUUUAAAGGACAAGAUGGAUCAUAAGUCAGUACGGCGGCUCUUUGCUUUUUGUACAAGAAUGCUAAGCGUUUAGGAUAGCUAGUGGACGGUGUGGGGAAGUUAAUUUGCAUGCUGUUUCCAUAUGACCAUAGCGUAAGCGUUCCCCAUUGGUAGUCGGUGCCGGUGGUUUUUGCCACCGGGUUAACUUCGACGUUUUUUCAUGAUUUUUCGCAAUACAAUUUCCAUAACCGAGAGUUUGACCUACUGUAUGACCCUUGCCUUCAGUGUUAAUUUCAAAAUUUAAUGGCAGCAAAGUCGAAUUUCGAGGCAGCAUAUGAAUCUGUCAUUAAACACCAACCAAUGAUGAAAUGAUGUAAAAUUAUACAAGUUUCCGAUAUAUAUUUGGCAUACAUUCCAGCUGUGAGUGAUGAAAACAUUUGUUUCGACAAU